CUUCACCUCUUCGCCGAAAAUAUUAUUCCCAACCUUCUUGAUAUCUGGACUGGUCGCUUCAAGGACUUGGAUGAAGGUUGCGAAAGCUAUGUGCUCGACAACAAUGUUUGGUCUGCUAUCGGAGCUGAAACGCUAGCUGCAGUCAAGGAGAUUCCAUCUGCAUUCGUGCGCAAGAUGGGCAAUAUAGCAGAGGACAGGUCGGGUUACACAGCAGAAUCCUAUGCCUUUUGGUUCAUGUAUCUCGCGCCUCAUCUCCUCGCUGGCCGCUUCAAGCAUCGCAAGUAUUACGACCAUGCUAUGGAGCUUGUUGCCAUCAUGAAAGUGACUCUACAGUACUCCUUGACACACCAAGAAAUCAAUUGGCUAGAGAAUGCCUGUGAUUCAUGGGUUCACAAGUAUGAAGAGUAUUAUUAUCAAUAUGAAGACUCACGGCUUGCCUUCUGUGUGCUAACUAUUCAUGGCCUACUACAUGUAGCCCCAGAUAUCUGUGUAUGUGGCCCCAUGUCAGCCACAUGGUCUUGGUACAUGGAGCGCUACUGUGGGUUUCUGAAAAAGGCCUUACUCUCUCGCAAACAACCCUGGCAAAAUCUCGAUGAACGGGUCAAGCAGUUCAGUAACCUGGCACAUUUACGCAUGAAGUACGACCUUAGCACAGAGCUUCCAAUGGAGAGGCAUAGCAGCGAUAAUGUCAGGGCCGGUGAACAUGUGUACGAGGAGUGUGAGUUAAUC